UUCCCCGAACAAUCCAACAUGGCGCCGUAGGGACGUUGUUAUUGUUUCGUCGCUCUUACAAGCUUUUGCAGUACGACUAAAUUACGCGGAUUGUAAAGCCAAGCGGGUCCGUGCGGGCAUGAGAGGAACAUCUGGAGAUAAUGCUAAGAUCCACCGGCUUCUUCCGAGGGAUUGACUGCCCGUUUUACACGGACUACAGCGAGGGCAAAGGCGGCAGAAAUGGGUGUAACAGACCGUACUGUCACUUCAGGCACAGCCAGCAGAGACGGCUGUCCUACGGGGCACCGGCGGACGGGAAAAAGCAAAGAGACGUCCACUCUGCACAGAAAGAACAAGGUUAUGAUCCUUUCAAUCCAGAGGUUGUGAGGCCACAGGAGCAGCAUAAUGGCAAACCGAAUGCUUCAGGCGACAUCAGCGGUGCUUUGGAGCUCGUCAACAGAGCCAUUGAGGAGGUUCGCAGUGAGGUGGAAAGGGAGAAGCGGAAGCUCUCGCGGAUUGGUGAUGAACCGUACGAUCCCAGUGACAAUUCCAAAUUGGCUCCGUCUGAUUCUGGUAAAAGUCAGGCACCGCCGGCUUCGCAUUCGGCCUAUGAUCCUGGGAGUUACCAGAUGACUUCAGGGGGGUAUGAUCCUAGCCCUGGCUGCAGCAAGUACACGUUGGACUCAGAUGUGAAAGGCAACAGCUCUAUGGAAUAUGUUCCUACUGCAAUGAGAAAGUCUGGAGUUAAGACACAGAUGCAUCAGCUCCCAUCUCCGCCUCCCAGUCCGAAGUAUUCCAACAGCACAUCCUCCUCUAAAUGUAAAUACACUGUAGACAACUCUAAACCCUCUACAGACAUGGAGUAUGAUCCCCUCUCCAACUUCUCAGCAGGAAUUACAGGGAAAUCCAAGAGAGAUGAAAGUGCACAAAGUGUUAAGACAGACACGAACAAGGCACCCGUAGUGCCAGGGGCUCGUAUGUCAGAUGAGGAGUACGCUGUUGAUGUGAAAAAGCCACAAGUAACAAGUGUGGACACAAAGAAGUACACUUUCUCAGACUCUGAUGGGGAGAGCUCUGGGACUGAGUAUCGACCCACCUCACUUAGCAAUCUGCAGCUGAAAAAAGGCAACAGUGGGUCAACUGGAGACGCUGUAGGGAAGGAGAAAAAAGGAAGGACAGAAAGCAUCCAACAUGCACUGACACAGAGGAAUAAAGAGGAUUUUGAUGACUUGACAAUGGAUUCAGACAUCCAGGUAGAUAUUCAGUAUAAAGAUAAGCUAGAGAAAAAGAAGUCUGGUAGUCAAUCCAGUCAUGAGAAAAGUGGCAAGUCUGAGAAAGUACAUAAAGUUGAAAAACAAUCAAAUAAAACAUCUAGUAGUAAAAGCAGUAGCAGCACUGAUAAGAAUAAAGGGUCAAUAAAGAGCUCACACCAGGACUCUGCAAAGAAAGAGAACAAGAGCCAUGGAAAGAGAGACGAUAAGAAGAGUACAGUAAAGGUGAAGACAAGUGAUAAAGUUCUGAGGGAAGAGAAGAGAAGUGAUGGUAAAAUCAAAACUGUAGAAAAACUGAAAAGUGACUCAAACAAACGAGAUAAAGACACAGAAAAUGGAGCGAGACAAAGCAAGAAACCCAAGAUUUAUGACAAGGAGAAGGAAUACAACAAGCACAAGGAUGGCCAUCACAAAAAUGGUAAACUUGAUAGUAGUAAAAGAGACAAAGACAUGAAGAAAAUAUGUAAAAGCGGUUCUAGUAGUAACAGUAAAGGGUCAUCAGCGAGUAGUAAAGACAAGGUGAAGCAAAGCAUGAGCUCGACAAAAAGACCCGAGGAUAAACGGCGAAGUCUGAGUCACGCUGAUCUGUUCGGAGACGAGAGUCCAGACGAGGCCGAACCGAUGGAGGCGGAUGACGACGACGAGCCGGAGGAAGCGCUGGUGAGGAAAUCUGCUGACGCUCUGAGCAGGCGACGCCUGAACAAGAGGAAGGCGUCAGAGCUGACGCCGUCCUCCUCCGAGGACGAGGCUGACUGUGUCGGCAGGACGGUCAGGGAUGAAGUCGAAAGCAUCGAUAUUGACCUCUCUAGUUUCCAGGAUGAUCUGGACUUUGACUCAGAUCCCAUGGAGGAGUGUUUGCGGAUCUUCAAUGAAUCCAAGGAUGUGAAGAGGGAAGACAAAGGAAGGCAAACUAAACAGCCUUCUAGAGAUUCUGAUGAAGAGAAAGGCACAGAGAGCACUUUAACCACUCUCUUUCCUGGUCAAAAGAAGAGAGUCUCCCAUUUUGUUGCCAAAGGAAAUGCCGAUACGACGCCUAAGACCAUGGUGCGGCCGUACAAGAGGCUGACGGCUCAGGAGGUCUGCUACCAGCGCAUGCAGAUAGCGCAGCAACAGGCCGCUCAGCUCUCUGCGUCCGUCAAAGUCGCUCAGAGCUCCAGCCCCGGCUUUUCUGGAGAGAAGAAGAGAAUAGCACACCGUCCCAACUCACAGACAUCAUCACCCAAAACAGAUGUGAAACUGGACAGAAGCCGAGUAUUAUCCCCCAGUCAGACGCAUCAACCGGUCAAGACUCAAACCACAGCUGGUAUUUUGUCCAAAACCACAUCUACCAUCAUGCAUAAGAGAAUGGCACACACCCCCACCAUGAAGAGUUCUUCCAUGAAGCGACCCAUCAUCCCCACCGAGUUCGGGGCCAAAGUUCCCACAAACAUCCGCCAGCGCUACCUCAACACUUUCAUCGAUGAAUGUGUCAAAUUCUGCCGAUCGGAAGGAGCUGCUUUUCAGAUGGCUCUUGAUGAGGAGAAGCUGGUGUAUGAGCGCAGCAGCAGUAAGAACAUCUACCUCAACGUAGCUGUCAACACUCUGAAAAAGCUCCGCAGUAAGAGCAGCUCCUGUCCAUCACCUGUCACCAAGGAGCCAGGGUUACUCGCUAAAAAAAGAGCGCAGUCACAUGAAGAAGUUCUGGGAGGUCGCCUGGCUGCUACAACCAGCUUCACUGUGAACAGGAUGGGAAAACAGCAGGAGGAGAAACUCACCGGAGCCACGUUGUACAGGAAGAUGAAAUUGUACCUGAUGACAGAAGAACAGCUCCAGGAACACGGAUACCCACGACCAAACCCAGAGGUCUCGGGAAAAGCCAUCAUCUACAACCAACCAGAGAAGAAGAUGAUCACAGACCCAUUCACCAAGAUCUGCUGUCGGUGUGGAGCAGAAUAUAAGAUCAACGUAAAUGGAAACUGCGUACGAAAAGAGGAGUGUAGCUAUCACUGGGGUCGAUUACGUCGACAUAAAGUUGCUGGAGGUUGGGAGACCAGCUACAGCUGCUGCUCUGGGGCUGUUGGGACUGCAGGAUGCCAGGUUUCCAAGCAACAUGUUCAGGAUGGACGUAAGGAGUCUUUAGAUGGUUACGUAACCACAUUCAGUAAACCUCUACCACCAAAUGGCAACGGAGGGGUGUUUGCACUCGACUGUGAGAUGUGUUACACAAAGCAGGGUCUGGAACUGACGAGGGUGACGGUCAUUGACUCCGAGCUGAAAGUCAUCUACGACACGUUUGUCAAACCUGAAAGUAAAGUCGUGGAUUAUAACACACGAUUUUCGGGGGUGACGGAGGAGGACUUGGAGAACACCACCAUCACUCUGAGGGACGUUCAGGCUGUGCUGCUCAGUAUGUUCAGCGCUGAAUCCAUCCUUGUAGGACACAGUUUGGAGAGCGACUUAUUGGCUCUGAAGGUCAUUCACAGUUCAGUCGUCGACACAGCCAUCGUGUUCCCUCACCGCCUCGGUUUGCCGUACAAACGUGCCUUGAAGAACCUGAUGGCCGACCACCUCAAACGCAUCAUCCAGGACAGCGUUGGGGGCCAUGACUCUAGCGAAGAUGCCACCGCCUGUAUGGAGCUGAUGGUCUGGAAGAUGAAGGAGGACGCCAAAGUGAAGAGAUGACCUCUGAGCGCUGGUCUGGGCUUCGGUCACUUCCACAUCCAGCCUUUGCUUCGGCGACGGGGACGGACGUCGCAGUUCAGGAGUUGGACUUUCAGACGCUCACAACAGGGUCUCAGACGGAUGAUCGGCGAAGCACGGACGGGAAAAAAACAUUCUGAAAGAGCCUCCUGUCGGCGCCGCACGAGAACUCUGGAGCCCUUCAAAGCAAUAGGAACCAUUAACACCGUUUUCGUACGCUUCUCGGUAUUUCAGUUCGGGAUAAUGUUAGCUAAGACGUUUUUUUGUUCUUUUUCGAGCCGUGUCUUUUAAGGCCUGAGGUCUCUCGAAACAACUGAAGAAGAAAACCUUUCUUUCGAAGAGCUACUUAAAAUCCCAGGGCAUUGUCUGCUGAACGAUGAUGAUUCAUACAAAAUCCACACGAGGCUGCACCUUCAGCCUGAAUUGCACUAUAGAUAUGCUCUUGUUGUAUAGGGCCCAAGUCUGAGUUACCUCAUCUGUGUUAGAAUACAUACACUUAUUAUAAAUAACGAGUUAGUUGUUCUUAGUUACACUUAAGUGCAUUGAUGUCUUAGUAUGUUUAACAUCGCUCUGUAAAUGCACUCGUGGCUGCAGCUGAUGCUCUGUUUAUACGCCGAUUGUUACCAGUUUUUGUUUUCUAUUUUUUUUGGCUCUGAAAUCUGACUAAUCCUAUAAUACUUGAUCACAGCAGCAGCAGCAGAUGCACAGGUGCGUCCACACUGCAGACAAAAACGGCCCAAAUCUGACAUUUUUUUGCUCGUAUGUGACUCGGAUUGGUUUUACUUCAUGACGGUGUUAACAACAAAUAUAACACUGAAUAUAAUCCUUUCAACUCUGACUGAUAUGCGCUCCUAAAUCAGAUACAGAUCUAAUCUUUUCAGUGCGAUCACAAUUCAUCCUUAAUCCUUGUUAUCACUAUCAUCAGCUCAGAUUCUUUGCUCCCACUUCAUAUCAACUUAUAAAUCAAAUAGAAAUGUCGAUUCCAGUGUUUCUGUGUUUUCUGAACCGCUAGAAUCUGUCAUUCAAGCCAAACUAAAAGCAUUAAAACCCAACCUGCAGUGUGAACAAACCCAUCACAUCUCUGCUUCUACCUGUUUCAGUGUAGUCGUCGAAAUAUAUCUCUAUUUAUAGUCCGGGGAAAACAUACCGAUUGAAACCCACCUCAUGUGCUCUGCAUGAAACACAAACCACAAUAAACAUCGUGAUAGUAUUUCCACUAUAAACACACACACAAAAAAAUUUAAAAAAAUA